AUGUGUGUCCAUGUAUUUGGCAAUACACCUUCCCCAGCUGUUGCCACCUUUGGCCUUCGACAAGCAGCUAUCACUGCAGGACCGGAAUUUGGAAAGGAUGUUUAUGAAUUCAUACAGAGGAAUUUUUAUGUGGAUGAUGCUCUUGUUUCAUUACCAAGUACACAUGAAGCAGUGGAUUUAUUACAACGUACACAACAAGCACUGAUGACCCAUGGAGGACUUAGAUUGCUCAAAAUUGCAUCACGUAAUCCUACGUUGAUGCAACAUUUUCCUACUAAAGACUUAGCAAGGGAUCUCAUAGAUCUAGAUUUUACCAAGGAGGAGCUACCUGAGCAAAGGAGAUUAGGUCUAGUAUGGGAUCUGCAAACUGACUCAUUCGGAUUCAGAUUGAAUUUGGAAGAAAGGCCAUAUACUCGCAGAGGGGUACUUUCAUGUGUAAACAGUCUUUAUGACCCUCUUGGCUUUAUCGCUCCGAUAACCAUUCAAGGGAAAAUACUCUUAACAGAGAUGAUGCAAUCACCAUGUAUAGAUUGGGAUGCUGACUUACCCGAAGAAUAUCUUUCGACAUGGCUUACAUGGACACACUCGCUGAGCAUUAUUGAAGAUUUGAAGGUUCCCCUGAAAUACUUAUCCAUUGGAUUUUCAGAACUUGGGAACAAACAAGUUUUGAUAUUCUCGGAUGCAUCAGAAUUAGCUAUAUCGGCUGUAGCUUACCUACAUGAUAACAGAGACAGCUCCCUAGGAUUCAUCAUAGGAAAAUCUAAAGUUGCUCCAAGGCUAGCUUCUUCUGUGCCAUGUUUUAAGAUAGUAUUAGGAUACAUCCACAACCACACUAAGAGAUUUCUUACUUAUGUGAGUAACAGGAUUCAGCGCAUCCUCAACUUUACCUCAGCAGAUCAUUGGAACUUCAUUGCAACCAAUCAAAAUCCUGCCGAUCACGGUACUAAGCCUACCUCUGACAGAGCUGUCUACGACUCAUGGAUUUGUGGACCUUUUUCUUCAAGGAGGAAUCUUGUACAUGCUAUCGCCUCAUUGAAGUUAUUGGUCAGGAGAAGGAAACGGCGCAGUGAGAAUGACAAACAGUUAGGAGAUACAGAGGAAGACAAGAUACAUGCUCGCAAGGACGCGGAGGAAUUCAUAAUUCGCUUAAUUCAGAGUGAAAAUUUUGGAAAGGAAAGAGCUGCACUUAAAGAUGGCAAAAUACUCCGUAAGGAUAGUUGGAUUUCUAAACUGGAUCCAUUUUUGAACAAUAAGGAUAUAUUGCAAGUUGGUGGCAGACUGCGACAUUCUGAAUUUGACCUGGGUGAAAGAAAUCCAAUUCUUAUGCCUGGAAAACAUCGUGUUUCAAGACUGUUAGUUGUACACCAUCAUGAGGAAACACACCACCAAGGUCGCCAUAUAACCGAAGGUGCCAUAAGAAAUGCGGGAUGGUGGAUUACAGGUGCCAAACGUUUGAUAUCCUCCAUAAUACAUAAGUGUGUGAAGUGUAGAAGAGGACGCGGGAAGUUUCUCAACCAGAAAAUGGCUGAUCUUCCACCUGAGCGUUUGAAAUCAUCGCCUCCUUUUACUUAUGUUGGAAUUGAUUGUUUCGGUCCAUGGAAUGUGACAACGAGAAAAACACGUGGCGGCAGCGCAGACUCCAAGAGAUGGGCUGUGCUCUUUACAUGUUUGUGUUCAAGGGCUGUACAUAUAGAAGUGAUUGAACAAAUGAGUACACCGUCAUUUAUUAAUGCCCUAAGACGUUUCUACGCAACCCGUGGUGCUGUAAAAGAAUUCUACUCAGACAAAGGAACGAACUUCAUUGGAGCUGUCCGUGAACUCGGAAUCUGCUCAAUAAAUGUGGAGGAUCCCCCUAUUCAGAACAUGUUAACAGAAAGAAACACUGUGUGGAAGUUUAACACUCCCUACUCUUCACAUAUGGGAGGAACAUGGGAACGCCUCAUAGGAAUCAGACGUCGCAUUUUAGAUGCCAUACUACUUGAAGUAAAACACACCAAGCUAACACACGAAGUGCUCUGUACAUUUUUUGUCGAGGUUGUUAAUAUUAUCAACAAUAGACCUCUCAUACCGGUGUCUAGUGAUUCCGAUUUACCAUCCGUACUUACUCCGAAUGUUUUGUUAACACAGAAGAUUGGGGACGUGUCCGAUGCCCCUUUGAACCUUAAUGUGCGCGAUUUAUACACUUCCCAAUGGAAGAUUGUCCAAGUCCUUGCUGACAGGUUUUGGGAACGUUGGCGCAAACAGUAUUUACAGUCUCUACAGUCGCGCAACAAAUGGAAGGAGGUCAAACCAAAUAUUCAAGUUGGUGAUGUCGUCAUUCUAAAGGACAAUGAACAGCAUAGAAACCUUUGGCCUCUAAGUCGCGUUACCCGAGUGUUCCCUAGUAGGGAUGACCUAGUUCGCAAAGUGGAAGUUGUCACCUUCGCAGAUGGAAUUAAACAUACUUAUGUCCGACCAAUUACUCAUGUGAUUCCACUACUUUGA